CCUAUGCACAGAUAACCAGAAACAUUCACUAUGAUGCCGUCUGUGCUGUUACUGCUGCUCAUCAGCAGCACACAAGCUUCUCAUUUUUAUGGCACUAUGAUGACCUACUACCCGAAGGACACUCUUGCUGAUGGAUCAGUCAACGUGACAGUUCGUUAUAAGCUCAGCUUCAACUCAUGUACAGAUGAAGAUACAUGGAGUUGCACUGGAAACUGUGGAAGUGAGACUGUCGCGUUACAAAUAGUGGAUCAGGCGAGCAACGGAGACUGGUGUCAGAGGGAGGGAGUCAUGACUCGGCUGGUUCCCAGCAACGCUCCAUUUCAGCUUGCAUUGGAUGGUGGUGACUGGAUUAGCAACAUAAAUGGCAUUGUAAGUUGGAAAGCUGUGACUAAUGUUGAACUUAGAAACCGAUCAGACACCGGCAAAGCCAACACAUCACCGCAGACCACCAUCAUGCCAGCUGUGAGAGUUCCUUCAAACUGUCAAAGAGAUUUGAACUUAUUGGCAUUUGACCCAGAUGGAGAUGCGGUCACAUGCAGAUAUGGAAGUGAUGCAUUGCCAGAGUGUAACCCCUGCACACCACCGUCUGUCCUCAGCCUCUCACCUUCUUGUACGCUGUCAUUCAGCCCCACUAACAGCAGCAAUGAAGGUCCGUAUGCUGUGCAGCUGGUGAUGGAGGACUUUCCCAGUCAGACCAUCAGCCUGACACAAACAAACGGUUCAUUGGUGGUGAAAACUACCAACGACGCAAUCAGCAAGAUACCCAUUCAAUUUGUUUUGAUAGUGGAUCCUGCUGUACCAUCCUGCACAGAGGGAGACUUUCUGCCCAAGUUUCUAUCUCCAACUCCAGCCAACAGAGCUCAGCUGUUCACCCUUGUUAAUCAGGCACUAGAAAUAACCAUCAGAGCAGAGGCUGCUAACUCCACGAUCUCUGAACUGCUGUUCAGUGGGCCAUACAACAUAAUCAAGAAUUCAACAGGCUCAGGGCAGUUUACCCUAAAAUGGACUCCAUCGGAUCAAGAAGAUGGAGAAAGCCAUCCCAUCUGUUUCGUCGUCCAAACAAAUACAUCUGGUGGGGUUCUAUAUCACUCUGAGCUUCGAUGUGUCAUUGUGACAGUCGGAAACAGUCUAUCAAUAGCUACAACGCCUUCUGUGACAACCACACAACCUACAACCACAACAACUACAGCUGAACCAACUACAACAACCGAAGAGCCUACAACCACGACAACUACAGCUGAACCAACUACAACAACUGAAGAGCCUACAACCAUGACAACUACAGCUGAACCUAUGGCAAUGAUUGAACAGUCUACAACCCCGACAACUACAGCUGAACCAACUACAACAACUGAAGAGCCAACAACCAUGACAACCACAGCUGAACCGACUACAACUGAAGAGCCUGCAACCACGACAACUACAUCUGAACCAACUACAACAACCGAAGAGCCUACAACCACGACAACUACAGCUGAACCGACGACAACAACCGAAGAGCCUACAACCACGACAACUACAGCUGAACCCACGACAACAACCGAAGAGCCUACAACAACUACAGCUGAACCCACGACAACAACCGAAGAGCCUACAACCACGACAGCUACAGCUGAACCGACGACAACAACUGAAGAGCCUACAACCACGGCAACUACAGCUGAACCCACGACAACAACUGAAGAGCCUACAACCACAACAACUACAGCUGAACCGACGACAACAACCGAAGAGCCUACAACCACGACAACUACAGCUGAACCGACGACAACAACCGAAGAGCCUACAACCACGACAACUACAGCUGAACUGAUGACAACAACCGAAGAGCCUACAACAACUACAGCUGAACCCACGACAACAACCGAAGAGCCUACAACCCCGACAGCUACAGCUGAACCGACGACAACAACCGAAGAGCCUACAACCACGACAACUACAGCUGAACCGACGACAACAACCGAAGAGCCUACAACCACGACAGCUACAGCUGAACCGACGACAACAACCGAAGAGCCUACAACCACGGCAACUACAGCUGAACCCACGACAACAACCGAAGAGCCUACAACCACGACAGCUACAGCUGAACCAACGACAACAACCGAAGAGCCUACAACCACGGCAACUACAGCUGAACCCACGACAACAACCGAAGAGCCUACAACCACGGCAACUACAGCUGAACCCACGACAACAACUGAAGAGCCUACAACCACAACAACUACAGCUGAACCGACGACAACAACCGAAGAGCCUACAACCACGACAACUACAGCUGAACCGACGACAACAACCGAAGAGCCUACAACCACGACAGCUACAGCUGAACCGACGACAACAACCGAAGAGCCUACAACCACGACAACUACAGCUGAACUGAUGACAACAACCGAAGAGCCUACAACAACUACAGCUGAACCCACGACAACAACCGAAGAGCCUACAACCACGACAGCUACAGCUGAACCGACGACAACAACCGAAGAGCCUACAACCACGACAACUACAGCUGAACCGACGACAACAACCGAAGAGCCUACAACCACGACAGCUACAGCUGAACCGACGACAACAACCGAAGAGCCUACAACCACGGCAACUACAGCUGAACCCACGACAACAACCGAAGAGCCUACAACCACGACAGCUACAGCUGAACCAACGACAACAACCGAAGAGCCUACAACCACGGCAACUACAGCUGAACCCACGACAACAACUGAAGAGCCUACAACCACAACAACUACAGCUGAACCCACGACAACAACCGAAGAGCCUACAACCACAACAACUACAGCUGAACCCACGACAACAACCGAAGAGACUACAACCACAACAACUACAGCUGAACCGAUGACAACAACCGAAGAGCCUACAACCACGACAGCUACAGCUGAACCGACGACAACAACCGAAGAGCCUACAACCACGACAACUACAGCUGAACCGACAACAACAACUGAAGAGCCUACAACCACGACAACUACAGCUGAACCGAUGACAACAACUGAAGAGCCUACAACCACGACAGCUACAGCUGAACCGACGACAACAACCGAAGAGCCUACAACCACGACAGCUACGGCUGAACCGACGACAACAACCAUAGAGCCUACAACCACGACAACUACAGCUGAACCGACGACAACAACCGAAGAGCCUACAACCACGACAACUACAGCUGAACCCACGACAACAACCGAAGAGUCUACAACCACGACAACUACAGCUGAACCCACAACAACAACCGAAGAGCCUACAACCACAACAACUACAGCUGAACCCACGACAACAACCGAAGAGCCUACAACCACGACAACUACAGCUGAACCGACGACAACAACCGAAGAGCCUACAACCAUGACAACUACAGCUGAACCCACGACAACAACCGAAGAGCCUACAACCACGACAACUACAGCUGUACCUAUGGUAAUAAUUGAACAGUCUACAAUCACAACGACUACGGCUGAACCAACUACAAUAACCGAAGAGCCUACAACCAUGACAACUACAGCUGAACCAACUACAACAACUGAAGAACCUGCAACCACGACAACUACAGCUGAACUAACUACAACAACCGAAGAGCCUACAACCACGACAACUACAGCUGAACCAACGACAACAACCGAAGAGCCUACAACCACGACAACUACAGCUGAACCAACUACAACAACUGAAGAGCCUACAACCAUGACAACUGCAGCUGAACUAACGACAACAACCGAAGAGCCUACAACCACGACAACUACAGCUGAACCCACGACAACAACCGAAGAGCCUACAACCACGACAGCUACAGCUGAACCCACGACAACAACCGAAGAGCCUACAACCACGACAACUACAGCUGAACCGACGACAACAACCGAAGAGCCUACAACCACGACAACUACAGCUGAACCGACGACAACAACCGAAGAGCCUACAACCACGACAACUACAGCUGAACCGACGACAACAACCGAAGAGCCUACAACCACGACAACUACAGCUGAACCCACGACAACAACCGAAGAGCCUACAACCAUGACAACUACAGCUGAACCGACGACAACAACCGAAGAGCCUACAACCAUGACAACUACAGCUGAACCGACGACAACAACUGAAGAGCCUACAACCACGACAGCUACAGCUGAACCCACGACAACAACCGAAGAGCCUACAACCAUGACAACUACAUCUGAACCAACGACAACAACCGAAGAGCCUACAACCACGACCCCAUCUAAUACUACACUAAUUACAACACCUGCCUCUGGCCCAUUUUUUGUUAUUGCUCUCAACAUGAGGAUGUCUACUACACUUUCAUUGGAAAAUAACAGUGAUGCCAUCCUUACACAGAUUAAAGAGGAACUGGUGAGACGAGGCCUCCCAUCAAACAUUAGCGUACGCCUUCUGAGCAGUAGAGAAGUGGAAAUGACAACCACACCUGGUGGUUGAUUGGCUGAUUGGCUAUAUAUAUAUAAACACAUCUCAUAUUUUUCAUAAAAUAAAUCAUACAUCACACUCUCUUGUUAAUCUUCCAGGUUUAAAGUGUAAUGGAAGAGAAAAUUUCAGGUGCAAGUAAUAUUAGUAGUAAACUGUGAUAGUAUACUGUGAUAAUGUGUGGUUUUGCCUCAGCUGUAGGGGGAUAUGUGGAGCACUGACUGGCUGAUUGACGCAACCUCUCAGUAUAAUCAGCCUAUCUAUGAAGACUUUCAUUAUGAGAUCCUGCAGAGCUCUCUGGCACCUAAACCACUAUCAUUUCACAUUUUGUGUGUGUAAAAACCAUAUUGAAAUUAAAUAAUUCCAAAAAUAAAAAUAAAAAUAAAAAACA